AUGCGAGUCUCUUACUUGGCUAUCCUACUUCUUUCAUUGGUGGCAUUGGUCUCUGCUACUAUUUCUCCGCGGCAACAACAUCAUCUGCACGCUCGUUCCCUUCCCCUCCCGCAACAGGACCCUUUCUAUACGCCCCCUAACGGCUGGAAGUCCAAAGAGCAUGGUGAAAUUCUUCGCUCACGCCAAGUCGAUGUGGCCUUCCUAAAUGUGGACAAGUACAAUCUUCAAGCCUACCAGCUUUUAUACCGUACGUCUGGUACAUAUGAAUCAGACGACAACGUCACGGUGGCCACUGUUUUGAUCCCUCAAAAUGCCAAGAAGGAUCAACUUGUUUCCUACACCCCCUAUAUCGACGCUAGUGGACCGCAAUGCGCUCCGUCGUACUCUAUGCGCCUUGGUUCGAAGCUCUUGACUGAUCCUGCUAUGGCCUAUCAGCAGCUUUUAUUCUCUAUCCUUCUGGACAAGGGUUACACGAUCGUCAUCCCAGACUAUCAAGGACCAUCUCGUGCCUUUGCAGUUGGCCGAAUGGAGGGACGCAUGGUGUUGGACGGCAUCCGAGCCACCCUCAACUUUGACAAGGCUGGUCUGUCCAAGGACACCAAGAUUGUGGAAUAUGGCUACUCGGGCGGUGCUAUUGCCUCCGGGUGGACGGCUGCACUGCAUAGUACCUACGCGCCUGAGUUGAAUUUUGUCGGGUUUGCGAUGGGUGGUACGCCGGCGAAUUUGACCGGGACCGUCUAUUACCUGAAUGGAGGGUUCUUUUCAGGAUUCGCUAUCGGUGGUGUAGUGGGCGUCAUGAACGCAUAUGAGAAUGUCCGAGACUGGGCACGUAAACAAAACAUUAUUAAGGCAAACGGAUUUGAGGCGAUUGAUUUUACUAACAGCCAUUGCAUGGUGGAUAUUCUUCUCAAAUACCCUGGUAUCAAUUUCCUAGGAGACUACUUCGUUACGAGUGGUGCUGACUUGAUGCAUGAGCCUAUCGUCAAGAAUAUCACUACGCAACUGACGAUGGGGUUGAAUUCCGACGAAACGCCUAAAGCGCCUGUGUGGAUGUUCCACGGUAAAGUGGAUGAAGUCAUUCCAUAUGAUGACGCACUUGCUGCGGCCCAUGCUUGGUCGUCGCAUGGCGCUGAUGUUCUGUUCUCGGCCAAUACUGACCCGUACAUGGAACACCUGACAACAGAGCUACUAAACAACGCCAACAUUCUUUUCUUCAUUGAAGACCGUAUGGCUGGCAAGCCUUUCCACAAUGGCUUCAAGAUGGAGACAGUGAGCAACCCAUUGUCAGACCCCCGCGUGGAUCUUGAGGGCCUUGAUUCAUUGCGUGCUGCUAUCGUGCAUCUGUUGGGCCAAACCUUCGGCAUGGGUGAUCGAAAGCUCAAGAACGAUCUUAAGACGAAUGCCAGGAAUUAG